AUGCUGCGACACGUGGCAAUGGGAUACUCGGUGCACAUGCAGCGCCUUCUCGGCCACCUGACCUGGUGGAUCUUCCCCUUGUUGAUGCCCGGGUACACUGACCUCACGAAGGACGGGAAGGAAUUGCGUGCUAACGUGUUCAUAUCGUGCUUUCUAGGCCACUGUCCGGCGGAAUACUGCCGCGUCGAGCAUCCUGCUGACGAUCAAUGA